ACAUAGUGGGUCGCCUAUUUUCAGAAUUUAAAUUUCUUUUCUUUUUCUAUUUGGUCAAUCGCAUAAUUUUCACGACUCUUCUGGGAUAUGCGAUAUCGAGUUGGCAAUCGCUUUUAAGCUAAGUAGUCAGGAAAGCUUGGAUACUGAACAAUAUCGCUGUAUUCGAAGUCAAGUAAAUUCUUAUCCGCGAACGGAUCUUGCACAAUAAUAGACUAAUCACAAAUACAUGUCGUACCUUGGCAGAAAACCAAUCAUCCAAGUGUUAGCCAUAAAAUUGAAUAAGUAUCGAUCGCAUAACGGAAAAUUAUAUUCUCUAAUUGAUUUGUGAAAUUGAACAUUAGAGUCAGUCUUUUAAGUUCGUACGAGCAUUCAAAGAUGCGAUUGCAUGUGAAUUGCGCGGUGAUUCUAUCACUGGUAACAUCUAAUUCCUGCAAGUCGAGUAUUUCAAUGGAAUGGGAACAGUAUAAUGAUACCAAUAGCAAUGCCAUGAAUUGCUUGGAGAAUAUGAUGAAAAAUACGACUUGGAUUUCGUCGGACUUUUUACUGAUUUCCGAAGAUAUCAGUGCGGGGUAUGAGCAGCUUGUGAGUCGACACCCAAACUUCAGAUGGGAAUUGAACUCCGGGACGCCGAGUGAUCUUACAGGCCUUUUCAACGUGAUCAUUUUUACAAAAAGCUUCAUUGAUCUGGAAAACAUUCUCAGCGUGGUAGACAUUAAGAAGAUGGAUGGUCGAGCAAAGUACGUUAUCAGCGUUGGAAAUAAUUUCGCUGAUUUGGAAGAAAUCAAAUUCGCUUCCGAAGUCAUUCCCAGAACGAUGUGGAAGUUGGAUAAAAUGAACGUUGUAUUCCUGGUGCCCUGCGAAGAGGAUAUUUUUUCAAUGACGUAUUUCCCAUUUUCCGAUCACUGUCAACCGGGGAAACUCGAAGUCCUCGAUAUCUGGAGACAAAAUAGAUUCGAGAAUAAUUCUGUAUUAUUUCCAGAGAAGUUAUUGGACAUCAACGGCUGCCCUCAAAAACAUGAUAUAAUAGGUUCAGAUAGCUUCGCUCCUCAAUAUAAAACAGAAAUCUCCGAAUCAGGAAAGCUGAUACCGGGUGGCGUCGGUGGCAAGAUGUUGACAAUUCUUGCCGAAAAAAUGAACAUGGAUGUACAUUGCAAAAUCGUAGAACCGCUGCCGUUGAACGAUCUUUUGCCUAGGAUAAUCACCGGUGAGGUCACUUUCGCGGUAGCCGGAAUGUUCCCUGUUCCCGUAUUCCUGAAAUACGUCACCUUAGAUUCCGGAUACAUGGAAGAAUCAUACGGGAUGUGCUACUUAGCCAGUGAAGCGGAGAUAUCUUGGACAAAUUUAGCACGGCCAUUGUCCAUGGAAUCGUGGGCUCUGACGGUGGUAACAUUCCUGAUAUUCAAUGGUUUUAAUCUAUUGAGACGUCGAUAUCGCCGUCAAACUGAAGUGCUCGACAGAUUAGGAGCUCUUGACGUACUCGGUUUCUUUUUGGGCCACGGUACAAACAUGCCACGCGGUGUAUUCGGAAGAUACGUAUUCGCCGUAUGGAUCCUGUACUCUUUCCUGAUAACGGCAACGUACACCUGCAGCUUGAUAAGUUUUUUAACGACUCCGAAACAAAAUCGAGUGAUAAACACCCUUCAAGAAUUACUCGAUUCUGGUCUGGAAUUCGGCGGUGGUAGUUUUCACCAUGAGUUCUACAACGAUCCUUCGGACCCGGUGAUGAUGGAAAUCUACAAUAAGUUCCAGUUAUGGACGUGGCAAAAAUCUGCGCACAAAGCACUUUACGAACAACAGGUUACCGGUGCGUUAACGUCGACUCUGAACGGUGUGAACGUCCUGCGAAAAGAUGCGGGUGAGAACAAACUACAGAUGUUGCAAGAAAGGGCCUUCAAUUUUCUCCUCCCCAUCGCUCUGAGACGAGGAUCACCCCUCACGUUCGGAGUACGUCGAUACGCGGCUCGAGCCAUUCAGGGUGGUUUCAACACCUACUGGUCGGAGUACUACCAGCGAAAUCUAACGAAGAUCGAGCAAAAAGGCCCAUCACCACUGGCCUUGCGACAUAUACGGGGAAUUUUAGUUUUUCAUUCAAUUGGACUGAUAUUUAGCUCCGUCGUUUUCGUGCUCGAAAUAGUUUUUUCGAAGUAUUUGAAAAAUUUUGCUCUCCAGAAUUGCUUGGAUAGAAUAUAUUCAAGGGUUUUACGAAGAAUAGGAUAAUUGAGGAUCCA